GCAGGUGCGUGAGAAGCGCGCGCUCUGCUCUGCCCAGCCAGCCGGGGGGCUCGGAUCACCGCUGUGACUGGGCCGCCGGCGGCUCCAUCCCUCCCUCUGCACGGUGCAGCCCGCAGAGCGGAUCCCAGCCCACCUCCUGGGCAGAAAAUCUAUUGGAUCUAAUUUUUGUCUUUUAUUAGAUUCAAAAUGAAUCACCCACUAAUAUAAUACUGAAGCAAUAAAGACUUCGGGUAAAGAAGGUUUCUCACCCACAAUCAAGGAAUCAGAUUCAUCAUGACUUAUCACUAUAAUGAAGCUUUUGAAAACCCAGACUACCACUACUCAGAGACAUUGGAGAUUGACAGAAGCAGAGAAAGGAAUUCAUCCUUUCACCAAAACCUUCCUGAGUCCUCCCUGGAUGAUGACUCGUUGUACGAUUCCUAUGAAGGUCGCAGUGGAAGAGGACAAAGAAACCAGGAUUAUCCCAUGGCUAUACCAAUGGCCUCGAUGCAGCCUGGCUUCCGAUACAGCCACAGCGCAUCGAGGUCGACUGGGCCCAACACAAAUCCAUAUGGAAAUCCACAUACUAAUCCUUCCUUUGAGUAUGAGCCAGAAUUAGCAUACACAUCUCCCUCCACCUUUCAUGCCGUGGAUGGUCCUUACGUACGCAGAUCUUCUGAUGUGUCUGAUGGAGGUAGCUUCAGUCAGAGAUAUAACAGACGACAAGCUGACCUGGUCUACAGGAUGCCUUCCAGCCUUCUCAGACUAGACUCAAAUGCAGAAACGUAUAACAAAGACAAAUAUAAACAAGAAGAAAAGUUGAUCAAAAAUCUUGCAAGCAUGUCCAGCAGAGAGAGAGUUAAAGCAAUCCAGAAGACACCAAAGACCAUGAAAGAAAAGAGAGACAUCAGGAAUAAAGUUCUCAUGGAGAAAACAAAAACAUUUGUGAGCUCCAGUACUCGGAUUAACUGUUGUACACAGUGUCUGUACAAAACAGCAUUGUUCUAUCGGCGAUUUAAAAAUGGCCUGUCCGAAUAUUUGCACUUAUUGCAACUAUGGCAGAAGACUCUGAAAGUCAUCCGUGGCAAGUUUGGAACCAGUGUUCUUUCCUAUUUUGUUUUUCUGAAGUGGUUACUGACUUUCAACAUCUUCUCAUUCCUUGUAAACUUCAGCUUCAUAACAAUCCCACAGCUUAUAGCAUCAGGACCAAAUAACCUUUCGUUCAACGGUCUGGAGCUUCUGACCGGGGCUGGUUAUUUUAAAAAAACAGUGCUCUACUACGGUUUUUACACCAACUCUACAAUCACGAAAACUGAGAACAAUUCUUCCUAUAACAUGCAGCUGGCCUAUAUUUUCACUAUUGGGAUUUAUUUCAUCAUCUGCUUCUUUAGCUUGGUGUACAGCAUGGCAAAGUCCUUCUGUAAGAACUUCAUCAAUCUUCAGACUUACUCUGGAAGUGCCGCCAAGCUUCUCUGCAUCUGGGACUUCAAUAUAACCAAUGAGAAAGCUGUGAAACUGAAGCAAAGCAAUCUCAGUACACAAAUAAAGGAAUCCUUAUCUGAAGUGACCCUCGAGGUACUGAACCUUUCUCUAACGCAGAGAAUUGCUCGUAUCGCUAUUCAUCUGGUGGUUUGGGUGGCUUCCUUGGGAAUAGCAGCUGCUUGUUGUGCUGGUGUUUACUUCCUCUCAAGAAAUGAACUACAGCUCCUGGAAGGUAACAAAAGUGAGCUGGAAAACGAGGCUGCCACGCUAGUGCUGCCCAUUGUUGUGUCUCUCCUCAACCUCCUCAUCCCCUUCUGCUUCGCCUUGUUUGGACUCAUAGAGAAAUUCCAGUAUCCCAGACAUCAGCUCUACGCCACUAUUAUCAGGAAUGUUUGUCUGAAAAUAUCAAUAAUUGGAAUCCUCUGCUACUACUGGCUUAACGAUGUGGCUACAUCAGAGAAAGAGUGCUGGGAAAGCCUAGUUGGCCAAGAUAUCUACCGUCUCAUUGUGAUUGACUUCAUAUUUUGCUUGCUUGGUUCUUUCUUUGGAGAAUUUGUACGAAGAAUCAUUGGAACUAAAUGUUGCAAAAAACUUGGAGUGCCAGAAUUUGAUAUUGCACGAAAUGUUUUAGACUUGAUCUACACACAGACUUUGGCCUGGAUUGGCAUCUUCUUCGCACCUUUAAUGCCAGCCAUGCAGAUUAUAUCAUUUUUUAUAAUAUUUUAUGUAAAAAAGGUCAGUCUGAUGAGGAAUUGUCAACCACCUCGCAAAGUCUGGAGAGCUUCUCAGAUGACAACGCUCUUCAUUUUUCUGCUGUUUUUCCCUUCCUUUACUGGAGUCCUGUCAGUAAUGGCGGUCACUAUCUGGAGGCUGACGCCUUCUAAACAGUGUGGUCCGUUCCAAGGCUUGACCUCCGUCAUUCAUGCCGUUUCUGGGUGGAUACACGUAUUGGACAGCUAUUCCAGCUCAAAAUGGGUGGUGUGGAUUUAUCGUAACUUAAUUGGAAGUGUGCAUUUCUUCUUCAUCCUCACCGUCAUCGUCCUAAUUAUCACAUAUCUUUACUGGCAAAUAAUAGAAGGAAGAAAGAUAAUGGUCAGACUCCUGCAUGAGCAAAUUAUUAAUGAAGGAAAGGAUAAAAUGUUUUUACUUAAUAAACUACGUGCACUGCAGACAUCAAAACUAGACCCACCCAAAGGAGAACAGCAAGAGGUCAGUUCAAAGGCGCGGGUGUUUCUGUGUUGUUCACAUUCUGUAGAUAAAUGAUCACAAGGCCAGAAGGGAACACUAUCUAUGAAACAGGAAAAGAUUAAGACUGAGCUCUCAAAACUGGAUACUCUCAUGAAAAACCAACCUUCCACACAAACUUCCUCAUGGAUAGACUUUACAAAAACUAGACAAGCCAUUUACAACACAAACUUUGCUUAUCUAUGAACUGCUGAUUUUAUAAAUCAAUCACCAAUUGGGGGUACAUCCACUCCAGUUGUUAACACCUUUGCAAAGGCUAGUCUGGACAAUGCCAAUGCACUUGUAAUUUACCCAGGGGAUCACCAGAAGGUAAACAUCUCAAGUAAAGACAACCUCCCUGUUGGUGUUUACAAAGCCAAAGGAAAACCUUCCUAACGUAAACGUGGUGUGACAGUCACAAAAGGGCUCAACCAUUCUCAGGCCUCCUCUAGACUAGGGGAAAAGGUGCUUUCCCCUUCACCCCCAACUGAGUUAGGUCACAGGAGCUUAUUACUCCACAGAAAAUCCCAUUCAGCAUGAAUGUGGAGAGUUUUUAAUACCUUUUGGCUUGAAUUUAAUAGGUCAAGGUUAGCCUGAAGUGGGGUUUUCAAUCUUUAAAUGAGCUCAGCUGAGCUAAUUUGACUUGAAAAAAGGACCCGUUUUUUCUAGACAAGGCCAAGGUAAGAGUCCGUCCCUGGAGCGGAUUCAGCCCGGGAGAGUUGUUCUGAUGUUGAUAUGCUACCCUGUGUUCCUCUGGUUGUGUAUUGUCACUCAGUAUCCUGCUGGGAUAGAUGGAUGGAGCUCUGAAAUAAGACAGGAAUAUUCCUGUCUAAUUUCCUUCUACCAUUGUGCUGGUCUCAAGUGCUGGUUAAUCACAUCCUGCAUUCUCCCCUGUCUUCAAAACUCUCCUCUGGGCUCUUUAAUGCUAAGACCACUUGUUUCUCUGUUACAGCCAUUCUGCUUUUCUUUACAGAUUCCCCUCUCUUCCUACAUCACCCCCCCACAAAGCCACCCGAAAGAAAGGGAAGCAAGCUAAAAAAAUAGUAAAAAAGGAAACAAAGGAAAAGAGCCCAAAAAGACACAGAAGAAAAUAAACUCUUUUUAUCUCAGGAAGCUCAGUGCAUCCAAAUUCUCAAGCAGCAUAGACAGAGCAAUUCUCAAGCCACAACUUCUAGUGCAGUUGCCCAAGCUCUGAUGUCUUUCCUCUACAAUGCACAAUGCUCUUCUAUUCCACCCAGUUAUUUGUAUCUAAAGCAAUAAAAGAUUCUUGUGGUAACCGAUGAAUUGUCAGUGUAACUCUAGAGGGCCAAAUAUGCCAAUCCAGAAAACAGGAGACAGACCACCAGCAUAGCAUAGUGGUAAGAGCAAGGAACUGGGAGCUGAGAUCUGAAUUCUAUUCCUAACUUGCUGGGUGGCUUUGGGCAAGUAAUUUACAUCCGUGCCUCAGUUUCCCCAUUUGAAAAUUGGGAGUUAUGAGAGUCACCUGCCUUUGAGAUUAUUUGACAAAGGGUUCUGUACAGUGCAUGCCAAAAGCACUAUUGUUAUUUCUCAGUAUCUCCACGAGAUGGAGACAGGAGCCAAAUAAAACUUUGUAGCACCAAUUCUUGAAUAAAAGGCACUAAUCUGCCUAAGCAGGGCUGUUCACGUUGUCUCCCAGACAGCUGGAGAUGCCUGUCCCUAAGCUAAUGAACUCAAAGCACUUUGGAGGACAGGAUUAGAGUUCAAAAUGACCUUGAUAAAUUACAGAAUGGGUUUGAAGUCAACAGAUUAAAUUCAAUGAAGACAAGUGCAAAGUAUUACACCUAGGAAGAAAAAAAUCAAUUUGCCCAAGUACAAAAUGGGGAAUAAUUGGCUAGGCAAGCAGUACUGCUCAAAAAGUAUCUGAGGGUUGUAGUAGAUCACAAAUUGAAUAUGAGCCAACAAUGUGAUACAGCUGCAGAAAAGGCUAA